AUGAUGAAUGCGAAAUCGAACUCAGGAUCGGUCUUGACUGAUACAUCGCAGCCAGGCGUCACAAUUCUCACCAUUCAUCGACCUCAUAGAAAGAAUGCAGUGGACCCGUUGACCGCGAAACAGCUCUACGAAGCCAUCCUCGCUUUUGAGGCGGAUGCGACACAGAAACGCAGGCAACAAAUGAAAGUCCAGGCGAGAAUCUACAACCGGUUCACGGCCGCAACUUGGGGUCCCAUGGGCCCAUCCAGGCUGGUCAUCAAGAAACCGGUUAUUGCUGCGGUUGCUGGGUAUGCCGUUGCAGGCGGAUUGGAACUGAGUCUACUGGCGGAUUUACGAGUCGUGGAAGAGGACGCUGUCUUUGGUGUCUUCUGUCGACGAUGGGGUGUGCCUCUCAUCGACGGAGGAACCGUUCGACUACAAGCAAUUGUUGGAUUGGGCCGAGCCCUUGAUUUGAUCCUGACGGGUCGACCUGUUGGAGCUGAAGAGGCUCUCUCGAUGGGACUUGCAAACCGCGUGGUCCCCAAGGGCGACUCGUUAAAGCAGGCUCUUGAACUGGCUCGGCAGCUCAUUGCAUUCCCCCAGCUUUGCCUAAAUACCGACCGUCAAUCCUGCUACUACAGCGCUUACGAUGCCUCUUCUUUCCAGGACGCUAUGUCCCAAGAAUUCCAGGCCGGGAGCAAGGUCAUAUCGGCAGAGGCAAUUUCAGGUGCCGCCAGAUUCAGCCGCGGCUCUGGACGACAUGGUAGUUUCAAGGAUUUCAGUAAGCUUUAG